UAUAUAUAUAUAUAUAUUACUAGUGUAUAGUUUUUACUGAAUGAUACACAAAUUGUUAAAGAUAAAUUUAUUUUAAAGAAUAAAAAUAACCCGGAGUUUAAAAUUAUGCAUAAUUUAUUGAUAAAGAAAAAUAAUUUAAAAAAAAAUAAAUUAAGUUUCAUGUAUAAUAUUAAUUUAAACAAAUUUUUGAAUUAAAAAUAAUGUGUUACAAUGUGCAAUUAUGUGUUACCUGUGUUAAUUUUAAAUAGUCAAGUGUUGAACCUGUCAUAGCAUACACUCUACCUUGAUUAACCUUACCUGUAUGUUGAUGACAUAUUUAAAACAAGAUAAUUUUAAUUUUAAUUUGCGUUUAAUAAAAAAAUAAGUUAAAGUAAUUAAUUUAAAAAAAGUCUGUGUAAAAAUUUAAAAAAUGGGCAAGCCAACAAAAGUUGUAGUUUGUGGUAUGAAAGGUGUAGGAAAAACAGCGAUGAUAGAGCAAUUAAUUUAUGGAAAUGUCAGUUCUAAAACUGAAAUACAUCCGACGAUAGAAGAUAUUUACUCAGCGAACAUCGAAACUGACAGAGGUACGAAAGAAAAGAUACAAUUUUAUGACACUGCUGGACUUGAGGGACUUCAGAGCAAUGCGAGUAAUCAACAACAGCAAUUAGCACGUCAUUAUCUUGGUUUUGCUGAUGGGUAUGUUCUAGUUUAUGAUACUGCCAAACCAGAAUCUCUUGAUGUUCUUAUUCCUCUUAAAAAAGACAUUGACAAGAACAAAGACAAGAAAGAAAUAGUCGUUAUUGUUGUUGGUAACAAAACACGUGCUGACUCGAGUCGUGACAGUUUAGAAAAUACCGCCAGCAAAGCUGUCAAUUGGUGCACGCGCGAGAAAAUAAAACACUUUGAGGUAAAUGUGUUAGAUAGAAAUAGUUUGUAUGAGGCAUUUAUUUAUUUGUCAUCAAAAUUAAACCCUGUACAGAAUAAAAGUACGUUUCCGCAGCUUAGUAUGGGGAGGAAAAAUGUUAAAACUGAAAGCACAUGAUUUUAUUUUUAUCACUUAUCAGACCAGACACGUUGUGUUAAGAUUUUAAAUUAAUAGAUCUGACAGUGAAUGAUUUUAUAACUAAAUCAUUAGAUCUGAUUUACUUAUUGCAUUAAAUGACAAAAUAAAAUGUACCAGUGAUUAAAUAUGUCGACACUUAGUGAUCGUUAAUGGUCUUGUCAAUAUAAAUUAUUUAAUAUCAUAAAGCAAUAAAAUUUUUAGUCAUGCAUGUUUAGAAAUUUUUUAAGUUUAAUGGAGUAAUUGA